AUGACAGACGAAUUCAUGGAGAACAUGGGAGAGUACUCCUUCGAUAUGUUGGAGUUACUCGGCACUGGUUCUUAUGGAUCGGUUCACAGGGCGGUGACAAAAGACGGGCUCGGAAACGAAUUCGCGAUCAAGAAAGUUACUACAAGCGAUUUGAGCGAUAUGAUCCGCGAAAUCUCCUUCAUGAAGCAACUCGACUCCCAGUUCAUUAUCAAGUACUACGGAUCAUUCUGCUUGGACAACAGUUUAGCGAUCGUCAUGGAGUACUGCAGCGGAGGAAGUAUCAGCGAUAUUUACAGGUGUAGAAAGCAAACACUGACAGAAGAGGCUUGCGCCACGAUUAUUCGGGACACCCUGUUUGGACUCGACUAUCUUCAUCAGCAAAGAAAGAUUCAUCGAGAUGUCAAGUGUGGAAAUAUUCUGCUGACAGAGAAGGGCGUAGCCAAGCUAGCAGACUUCGGUGUCUCCGGGCAACUUACAGAAACGUUCAAUAAACGCAAUACCGUCAUCGGAACGCCGUAUUGGAUGGCGCCGGAAGUCAUUCAGGAAAUCGGAUACGACUGCUUAGCCGAUAUAUGGUCGCUGGGGAUCACUGCCAUUGAAAUGAUAGACGGAAAACCGCCGUAUUCGGAAAUGCAGGUUGCUCGCGCUAUUUAUACGAUUCCGCAAAAUAGCCCUCCGACAUUCAAGGAUCCAGCAAAUGUGUCGAACAUUUUCAACAAUUUCGUCAAGCGUUGUCUUAUCAAGAAACCCGAGAAACGGAGUUCUGCUGCCGAGCUGCUGGAAGAAGAGUUCAUCAAAAAUGCUCGUCGAUCGAGGGAACACAUUAUUGAAAUUAUUGAAGAAGCUCAUGAAAUCAAGAGACGACUGAGUCAGACGAAAAACAAGCGUCAGGAAUCUAUUAAUCGUAGCUCAGGAUCUGAAGAGAAUGAAUACAGUACUGUCCUCAAAAGCGAAAACUCUCCAGCCGGAACAAUGCUUGAAGGAUCAUCUACGAUCGUAAAGUCAUUCAACAGUAUGUGUGUUUACGAAAACACAACCAAGCAGUCGUCAAAUCAGCGCAAUACGUUCAUGAAUUAUAUCCAAGAUUUGCCACCACCGCCUCAAGCUGCCCAGAUUAGUAUGAACCCAGAUGUAGAAGAAAUACGCAAUAUUCUAAAGGGAACGCGAAACCUGAAAGAUUACUCGAGCGAUCAGCUACGCAGAUUUUUGGAUUUAAUUGACCCCAUGAUGGAGCAAGAACUCGAAGAAACGCGCGAGGCCUAUUUGCAAAAGCAAAAGCCUAUUACUGACGCAUUAGAAGCAAAAAGACUUGCGCGACGGAAUAUGCAAGAAAAAUACAACAACUAA